UCCCAGCAACUCGCUCUCAGCAUAUGUGUGGUGUCCAUUUGGCUACCAGGCUCACCAUUCGACCCAGGCACGUAUUUCAAGGAAACCACUAUUUCAAUUUGGUGGCAGCAGUUGCGCAAAAGUUUUGAAUUUCUACCUGCUCAAAAUGCAAGCGAAACGGGCGAAACCAACAUUGACUGGUCAACGUGGACGUCUCAGGGUCAUUCCAUUAUCAGUGUUUUCUCACUUCUUAUGGGCGUUGCCAUUGCACGAUUAGGUUUGUAUAUGGCAGACCUGUCAAUAACGCAAAUUAUGCAAGAAACAGUGCCGGAGAUGCAGCGCAAUACAGUAUUCGGAGUGCAAGACUCGGUGUCGCAAUUUUUCAGUGUGCUCAAAGAUAUCGUAACUCUAAUAUUACCGGAUCCCAGAACAUUUGGUAUACUUAUUAUCAUGUCGGUCUUAUUUGUCUUUUCUGGAUUUUUAUGUUUUUGCUGCUAUCUUUUAACGGUAAAUUUCCAUCAAUUCCAGCAAAAUAUGUUUAAGCUCGUGAACGAAUGCUGA